AUGUCUGGUUCGAAGUCUCGAUUGUCUGGCCUACUUGGCCAUUUCACAGGUUCAACACCGUCUGAGCCCCGUGUUAAUACCCACACGCUAUCACCGACUUUCUUCCUUCCUCGUGCUGCUGCCGUUGAACCAAAUGCUGAGGCGAUCUACCAUGUAACUGCCAACAACAAGAUCCUUCGCAGGAGCUAUGGCGAGACUGCAGACCGAGCGAGGGGUCUCGCUUACUACCUCAAAAAACAUGGGUUCAGCAGAGUGGGGAUACUCUGUCCGAAUACCCCGGCAUUCCUCGAGUCAAUUUUUGGAAUCGCCGCAGCUGGCGCUGUCAACAUUGCUGUCAAUUAUCGUCUGAAACAAGAUGACAUUGCUUAUAUAUUUGAUCAUGGUGAUGCGGAAGUGAUCAUUGUCGACGAGGAAUAUGUUCCACUUCUGGAGAACUAUCGAUCCCAACACCCCAACAUCCAUAUUAUCGUAGAUACUGAUACCGAUGCAACGGAGGGUGAGCUGACCGGUCCUUUCGACGAGGCUGUCUUGGAAGGUCUCAGACACGAUAUCGAUACAGGCUCUAAGGGCUGGGAAGGACUCGAGAGCCAAGCUGCCGAUGAAGAGUCCACACUUGCGUUGGCAUAUACCAGCGGGACUACAGCCCGCCCCAAGGGCGUUGAGUUCAGUCAUCGAGGGUGCUAUUUGGCAACAUUAGGAAACAUCAUUGAAACUGGCCUGAACUACCAUCGCGGGCGUGCCCGUUAUCUAUGGACUCUACCCAUGUUUCACGCUAUGGUGACAGCCGUCCGUGGUACUCAUUAUUGCCUACGCAAGAUAGACUACCCCGAAAUCUGGAGGUUGCUGAAAAAUGAGCAUAUCACCCAUUUCAAUGCUGCACCGACUGUUAACACUUUGCUUUGCAACGCGAAAGAAGCAGAGAGACUUCCCGAGGCUGUGCGCGUUACAGUUGCAGCAAGCCCGCCCACGCCUCUCCUCUUCGAACAAAUGACCGACCUAAACUUGCAUCCGGUACAUGUUUAUGGAAUGACGGAGACUUACGGCCCAAUCACCAAGGGCUACCAUUUGCCGGAAUGGGACGCGCUUCCUCUCAAGGAGAAAUACCAGAAGAUGGCCCGCCAAGGCCACGGCUUUAUUACAAGUCUUCCAGCUCGGGUUAUAAAGACGGAAGUGCCUGAAGGGACCAUUACCGAUGUUAGCAAGGAUGGCCAGGAGAUUGGCGAAAUCGUUUUUGUCGGAAAUAUCUGUGCUCGAGGGUACUACAAAGACCCCGAAGCAACUCGGAAACUAUUCGCGGGGGGUGUCCUGCACUCCGGAGACUUGGCUGUCUGGCAUCCCGAUGGCGCGAUUCAGAUUCUCGAUCGUGCGAAGGAUAUCAUCAUCAGUGGCGGCGAAAAUAUCUCCUCAGUUGCACUCGAGUCUAUGCUCGUUAUGCAUCCUGACAUUUUGGAAGCUGGUGUCGUUUCUGUCCCUGACUCCCAUUGGGGCGAACGCCCUAAAGCCUUUGUUACAGUGAAAGAAGGCAAGAGCCUACAAGGUUCAGACUUGAUUGAUUGGGCUCGAAAUGUUAGCGGAAUCAGCAAGUUUAUGAUUCCUCGAGAAGUGGAAGUGGUUACUGAACUACCUAAGACCAGCACUGGCAAAAUCCGGAAGAAUGUCUUGCGUGACUGGGUGAAGGGUUCGAGGGAAGCAUAG